UCGUCGCAUCGCAAAUAAGACAUCAUGGCCCCGCAACUCGCGUGGAUCGGCCUCGGCAACAUGGGCAGGCGCAGGUGCAAGAACCUCGUCGAGAAAGGCAACCUCGACAAGCCCCUGGUCCUGUACAAUCGCACAAAGGCCCGUGCCGAAGAGCUCUCGCAGAAGCUCGGUACUUCCAAAACCAAGGUCGUUGAUACCGUCGGCGAGGCUGUCAAGUCUGCUGACAUUAUCUUCAUGUGCAUUGGCGACGAUGCAGCCGUAAACACCGCAGCGGAUGCAAUGGUGCAGGAGGACAUCAAAGGCAAGCUCAUUGUAGACUGCUCGACGGUGCAUCCCGACACGACCAAUGGGCUGGAAAAGCGGCUCGCCGAGCAUGGCGCUGAAUUCGUCGGCAUGCCUGUGUUCGGCGCCCCAGCCAUGGCAGACAACGGGCAGCUAGUCUGCGUGACGGCUGGCCAGAAGGCUGCUUGCGACAAGGUGCUCCCCUACACUACCGGUGUCAUGGGCCGCACCAACAUCGACUUCUCGAGCCAGCCAGCGGGAAACGCUACCCUCCUGAAGGUGAUUGGCAACACAUUUAUCAUCAACAUGGUCUCGCAGCUUUCCGAAGGCCAUGUUCUAGCCGAGAAGUCAGGCCUGGGCGUAGACAACCUCCACACGUUCAUCUCGCUCAUGUUUCCGGGUCCGUACACGGCCUACUCACAGCGCUUGCUGGCUGGCGACUACUACCAGCGCGAGGAGCCCUUGUUCGAUGUAGACCUCGCGCGCAAGGACGCGCGACACGCCAUGGCGCUGGCGGAGAACAGCGGGGCCAAGGAGAGCGUGAAGAUGCUUGGUUUGGCACAGCAAAGGCUGGACAAGGUCAAAGAGGAACUCGGGGAUAAGGGUGACCUCCCAAGCAUAUACGGUGUUGUGAGAAAGGAGGGCGGGCUGGACUUCAAGAACAAGGGUUAGCGGAGGUCAUGUGCGGUUUACUUAGCAAGGGCAAAACGGGCAUGGCUUGGCCCCCGCCUCUUGGUUCCCCCGCUUCCCCACCAGGGCAGAUACAACGGUUGGUAGACGAUGCGAAUAGACGGUGGAUUAGUAUUAGGAGUACGAGAAGCCGCGCCGCAUGCAGCGUAGCCGCGCCGCU